AUGCUAUUCCCGUUUGCCCCGUCCAACUUCCUGGCGCCGUCGCCUACGCCUAUUCGUCCGCUGGAUGGAGACCCGCGUGCUAUGAAGCCACAGCAAGACGGCGAUGCCGCGAAUAGUGCAGAUACGUCGGACAAUGCCAGUGGAGACGCGCAGAACGACGCGACCGGGACCAGCAACAGCUCAACUAGCAGCAACACCGUGUCGCAGUCGCAAAUGUUCUACCACCAGACCAACGCGCCGUCGUUCUACACCACUCCACAGGACGGCCCGCCUCAGCAAGAAAGCGGUGACCCGAACUUGAAUCCAGCUCCCUUCCCGGCGAAAUCGCUCAUCCCUCAGCGGUUGGACGACUACACGUACGGCCUGGAUCGCGCAAAGCUGAGUCGCUUGGGCGCGUACGCGAAGAAUGCAUCCACGCCGGCCCAAGCCAGCGCCCUCGCUGUUGACGUCCUGCGUGCGUCCAUCGGGGCUGAAAACACAAGGGCACAUGGGUGGAAGAACCAAUUCCCUGGUGACGAGUACGAGGUCCUGCUUCAAAAGGGAUCUAUCGGUCUGUGCAUGAACAUGAGUGUUCGCCUGGGCUCCGUUUCCGUGACGAGCUUCCGUCGACCCGAGCCUGACUUGAUGGGCCCUGCGGAAGCUAGCGGGAUGAUUACGGUAGGCGACGACUUGAUUGCAGUGGAUGGCUUUCUGGUCCAGAGUCAGGAAGAUUUUGCUCGCGUGGUUUCCCGCCUCAAGUCGCUGCGUCCAGUUUUGUUGCGCUUCCGACGACCCGGUGGCAACGGACUAGUGAGCAGCAUGAGCCGAGAUGUCCAUGGAUACAGGAAAGGACAGCAGACGUCGCUGGUUGGCUUGGACAAUGCUCAAUUGUUCACGACUGGCAUGUGGCACUUAGGUGUCAGGUACAUCUCGCCAAACCGGUGGGAUGCCGAGUUGCACGUUGAUGGCGGUGGCAUUCGACGGCUUGGGACCUUUUCAACGGAGAAAGAGGCGGCGAGAACGUACAACCAGUACAUUCUUCAAACGUACGGCAAUGGAGCAGUCCAGUUCAUGAACCCUGCUGGCAACGGAGCAAGUGGAAACGUCCCUUCUGCUGUCAUGACGAACAUGCAGCAGGCCCAGCGGCGGAGACCAAUGCUUCGUGCUGCGUUCUCUGCUGAACAAAAAGAGCAGCUGCGUGCUCAGAUUAUGGUGUUCAAGUUCACGUCGACUGGCGGUAACAUUCCGAAUGAGAUUCUGAGUCGUGCGCUGAAGACGACGGCGCACAACUACAUUCAGCCGAAUGCGAACAGGAACAAGAGAAAGAACUUUGCGCCUAUCGUGAUGCCCAAGCCGGCCAAGAAGAAGCGUGGUAAGAAGAUCAAAGCGUAUUCUGACGAGGACGAGGACGAAAGCGACUCCGAUGACGAGUACUCGGGUCCGAAGGUGUUGACAGAGGAGAAGCCGGCUCGGCGAUCUGGACGAAACCUUGGCAAGGCGAAGAAGAAGUAUGUGGACGAGAAGCUCGAUUUCGAACUCAGUGAUGAAGAGAAAGCCAAGAAACCAAAGCAAAAGGAAGUUCAGAAGGGUCCGCAGAUCGAUAAGAUUGUGAGCGUACGUUUCCACAAAAACAGCGCGAAGGACACGGAAGUGUCGAUGGAGUUCUUGAUCAAGUGGAAGGACACGUCGCACCUGCAUGUGAGUUGGCUCUCUGUUCGAGAGAUCGAGGAAUUCGGACAGCACGCUAUCCAGCGCAUGAAGCGGCAUCUGCAGAAGAACAGUCGCUUAGUGGAGGAUGCGCGAGAGACUGUCAUCGUAGGAGAAGAAAAGGAUCUCAGCAACUAUUUCAGCGACUCGUACAUUGAGGUGGAUCGGAUUCUGAACGCGAAGGAGGUCGAAGAGCCCGAGGAAUCGAACCCGUACCUCGUCCAUCUCCUUGAAAGAGAAGCCAGCGAUACUGAAGAUGAACCGAAGGUGCCGAAGAAGAAGGGAAUUAAGUACUUAGUCAAGUGGCGCGACAUGAGCUACGUCGACUGCACGUGGGAGUGGGAAGACCAGCUUACGGAUGACCGGAAGAUCGCCGCCUUCCAUCGCUUCAACCACCCUCCCAUUAUCAAUGGUGCUCAUCCUGCGACGUACUCCGAUGUUCGCCCCGAGCCGAACACGUGGGCAAAGUACCUAGAGUCUCCUGUCUACAACAACCAGAAUACUUUGCGGUCCUACCAGCUGGAAGGUCUCAACUGGAUGACGUUUUGUUGGUACAACCGCCGCAACUGCAUCCUCGCGGAUGAAAUGGGUCUGGGUAAGACUGUCCAAGCUACUUCUAUCCUCGAGCAUUUGCGUCAGCGCGAGUUCAUUCGAGGCCCCUUCUUAGUUGUUGCCCCACUUGCUACUCUGGGCAAUUGGAAGCGCGAGAUCGAGACGUGGACGUCCAUGAAUUGCGUGGUGUACCAUGAUUCCGAAGGAGGGUCCGACAUCCGCGCGUUUAUCCGAGAGCAAGAGUUCCACUUUGCUAGUGAGGCGCAUCGCAAACGCGGCAUCUACAAGUUCAACGUGCUGGUCACCUCGUACCAGACGCUUAUGAUGGAUGCCGAGUUCCUCGAGUCCAUCCACUGGCGGUAUAUUGUGAUCGAUGAAGCCCACAAGCUGAAGAACCGGGAGGCGAAGCUACUUCAGGUGCUGCACGGCUUCACGUGGGAUUCGUGUCUACUGAUGACGGGUACGCCGCUGCAGAAUGGCGUGUUCGAGCUGUGGUGUCUGCUCAACUUCAUCGAGCCCGAUAAGUUCCCGAGUCAGCAAGAGUUUUACGACGAGUUUGGUGACCUGAAUACUGCCGAGCAAGUGGCUCAGCUGCACGAACAGUUGAGACCGUACAUGCUGCGUCGUGUGAAGGAGGACGUGGAAAAGAGCAUCCCGCCGAAGGAAGAGACCAUCGUUGAUGUGGAGCUUACGACCAUGCAAAAGAAGUACUACCGUGCUAUCUUCGAGCGCAAUCGUCAGUUCUUGAACAUGGGCGCCACUGGCACAGUCGCCAAUCUGGUGAACGUUGAAAUGGAACUACGCAAGUGCUGCAACCAUCCGUUCUUGAUUCGUGGCGUGGAAGACAAGGAGUGCGUAGGUUUUGACGAACAGUUGCGGAUGAAGAUCUUGAUUCAAGCGAGCGGCAAGACUGUGUUGCUGGAUAAGCUGCUGACCAAGUUCCGCCAGGAAAAUAAGAAGGUCUUGAUCUUCUCGCAGUUCAAGAUCAUGCUGGAUAUCAUCGAAGACAUGUGUCAGCUACGCGGGUACAGCAUGGAACGUCUGGAUGGGUCUGUGCGCGGAAACUCCCGUCAAGCUGCUAUUGAUCGCUUUAACAGCCCGGAUUCGGAUACGUUCGCGUUCCUACUGAGUACCCGUGCUGGUGGUGUGGGUAUCAACUUGAUUGCGGCCUCGGUCGUGAUCCUAUUUGAUAGUGACUGGAACCCUCAGAAUGACCUGCAAGCUGUCGCGCGUUGUCACCGUAUUGGACAGACCCAGUCCGUGAAUAUCUAUCGAUUGGUGACGAAGAAGACGUACGAAGCGCAGAUGUUUGAGAUUGCGUCGAAGAAGCUCGGCAUGCACCACGCUGUGUUCGAGACUGGCGGAGUACGCAAUGAGUUUGAUGGAGAGGACGAUAGUAGCGGCAAUAUGAUGUCGUUGAUGUCCCUGGACCGCGAUAAGGUCGAGAUGAUGAUCAGGUACGGAGCGUACGCCAUUAUGGGAGAAGAGGACGAGCAGGACCCCGACAAUCGCGCUAUUAACGAGCUGGAUAUCGACCAUCUGCUGCAAACGAGUCGUACGAUUCGAUACGACCCCACCAAGUCCGGUGAUAAUGCAGAAGGAGACGCGGAUAAUAGCGCGGACGGCGACAGCGAUGCAAAGCCUACCACUGCUUCCCAGGCCUCUGCUCUGUCGUUCUCCAAGGCGACAUUUACGUCUGAAUCGGCUGACACGACAAUCGAUUUCAACGACGAAAAGUUUUGGGAGAAGGUGCUCGGUCCGAAGCCCGUGCAGGUGCUCAUGACGAAGGUUCAAGAAGGCUGGCUGAAAACGGCAUCGCCCGACGAGGUCAAGGAGUUCUUAUCCCAAUUGCGUGAACUGGCGCGCGCUGUUGUGAAGGAGCGGCAACGAGGCAAGUCUCUGGCUGACGCGGAUCAAGUGCUGGCGAUCCUGAUUGAGCUGAAGGUCACUGGCUGCGUAAUCAAGGGCGUCGUGAACGUCCGCGAGGUCGCUACCGAGUGGCUUCAGGUGAUCGAACGACCCAGACGUCGACGGAGUCAGGACGUGGGGGACCAGCUCAUGUAUCUGGAGUUCCUAGACGGACCGAAGGAGAAAUCUCCGAAGAAUAAGAAGGGAGGCGCGCGUCGUAAGCGGACACCGAAGGCGAAUGGCAGAAGUAAGGAGAGUAAGCAUUUCAAGAGUGACGAUGAAGAACUUGGGGAAGAGGAGAUCGAUGUGCCCAAGCGCAAGAAAGCUGCGCGUCAAUCGUCUGGUGGCAGGAGCUCGAGAGCCUCGUCGCCUAGUCAUCGUGGUUUGAGUGGCAUUCUCAUCUCGCUCAAGCGAUCAGAGAGCUCCGAGGACUUCGGCGUCGUCAAGGUGUCGAGCAAGCUCAACAAGGUGCAGAAGAAGCUCGAUAGAUCGCCCGACGAUGCUGAGUCUCCAACUGACAAGUCCCGGAAAGCAGCCAAGGAAAUCGUUGAUCCCCAGGAGGACGAAGAGAUGUGGUGUCGCGUAUGCUUCAGCGACCAGGGCUUCCUCGACGAUCCCAUCGUUCAAUGUGAGAAGUGCUCCGUCGCCGUUCACCAGUACUGUUAUGGAAUUGAAGCCGUGCCUGAAGGAGACGAGCCGUGGUUCUGCGACUUUUGUACCGAGCCGAACGGCUCAUCAGCCGAUGCGACGUGUGAAUUGUGUCCUUUGAAGCGCCCGAAGAGUGCCUUCAAGAAGACUAUUGAGGGCAAAUGGGUCCACGUGGUGUGCGCUCUGUGGGCCCCCGGUGUUCAGUUUUCCGAUGUGGAGCACAUGAGUGGCGUAAAACAUGUGGCCGCUGCCGUCGAGGAGCUCAAAGGCUCGACUUGUGCGUUAUGCGAGAAGGAAGGUGGCUGCAUUAACUGCAUGCGCGGCGGCUGCGAGACGUACUUCCACCCGUUGUGUGGUCGUGAAACGAAAGGCGCAUACGAUAUGUUUAUGAAAGAAGGGGGACAGCUGCAAGCGUUCUGCCAAAAGCACCGGACGCAUCGGAAGCGUAGUUAGAUAUUACGAGGCUUCGAGUUCGUCCACCCUAGAAGUCUUGACUUUUACGGCCUCUAUGAUAAUGUAGCAGACUGGUUUUUACCGUUGUGUAA